CUGACGGUGGUGAUCGUUAGCGGCGGCGGCAUCGAGCGCCGGCCGCGACCCGCGGGCGACCGGCCCGGGGGUGGCGGCCGGCGCGGGGAGAGGGGCGGGGAGGGGGCGGGUCGGGCCGAGAGGCGAUCGCACCACCAGGCCUGCAGGCUGCCCCCCCGCCCCCCUCCCGUCCCUGUUACACGUCACGUUUCGUCGCCUAGAGUAGUCCCGCGCCUGACAGCCCACCACGUAGUGCUAGUACCGCUUUGCCUGGCUCGCUUCCCUACUAACCCUUAA